GCAGCGUGCCGUUUCCGCAUGUCAAUAAAAAGAAGUCUGAGAUGUAGAGAGGAAGUAUGAUCUAGACAAACCCUACGAGUGCAGUUUCUAGUUUUGCCUGUUCGCAAAGUAGGCAUAAAAAAAAAACCCCAUGCGGUCACAUGAUGAGCAAGUGAAACCAGAUGUUAGGUGCUGCCUAAGUUUAAGAAGGACACCGUUUUCUGUGGACUGAUGGUACCAUAAAACAAAAGGACUCUACAAGACAUGCUAAAGCUGAAGGAACAGUUUAAUCUCCAGAGAGACGUGGUGUUUGAUCUUCUCAAGAAAGAGGCAUCGGUGUGCAGGGUGAAAGAAUACUCUGAAGAUGUGGACACUCGCAUCCUAAACAUCGAAAGAGAUGGGAGUGUACUUUACUCUUGGAAGGGAGCAACAGUCACCACAAGGAUUGGGAAAUAUGACCCCAACACUAAACAGAACAAGCUCCUCUACACGUUCGACAAACAGGUCUGUGUCAGCAGCUGCUCUCUGAACAAGGAGGAGACUCUACUAGCGGUCAGCUUGGCACAGAACACCAGUGGACAGGAGCGCCUCAAACCAAUAUCAAAGUGUCUGACUCUGCUGAUCGAGAUUCACCCCAUAAACAACACCAAGGUGCUCAAGGCGGUGGACUGCAGAGUCAAAGUGCAGUUCCUCCAUCAACAAACCGAGGUGAAAUCAGCGCUGGAGAGCCAUCUGCUGCUGUUUGCUGAAGAUGGAUAUGUGGAUCUGUACCACGUGCUUCUGAGCAAACAUGAAGGCUACAGAGUGGUGAUCUCAAAUCCUGAGCGCAUGUCCAGGACGGCGGAGAGGAUCGUAGAGGACUUCUGCUGGGCCCAGUGGGACGGACACACACAAAGGCUCUAUUGCCUCACGCGCAAGGACAAGUUUGUGCUGAGAUGCAUCCAGUUUUACCCGAACCAAAGCUGUGACUCUGUGUUUGAGCUCGUUUUAAAGUUGCCUGCCAAUGCGUUCCACACAGUCAGAUUUGUAAGUUUAGGUUUUGACCACUAUCAUGUGGAAAAACCUGAGCAGGAGCUCGUUAGGAUGCAGGUGUUCACAAACCAAAACGAAAGAAGCAUGUGCGUUUGCUACAGCCACCCGCUGACGGACAAACAGGAACUGACCUACGUCGUGGUUUUAGUUCACAAAGAUUGCAGCAAGAGGUUCAGAGUGUCCCUCGGAAACGACGCGCUGAAUUCGGGCCGGCUUCAUCCGCUCUUCAUCCCCAUAGGCUACUACAUCCUGGUGUAUCUGCAGGGGUGUUUCCUGCACUGCAUCAACACCAGGCAGCAGGAAUUGCUGUGUCACUCCCUCUUCCUAACCGGUCAGGAUGUCAACUUAGGCGCGCAGCUUCAGUCAGACGCCCUCACCGUGAUGCACAAGGAUGAUGAAAGCGGUGUUCGCCUUCUGGAGCUGGCAAGUGGGUCGAUUCGCACCGCUGAGCUUAGCCCGGCUUACCUGCUGCAGAUCCUGAGAUCAGACGCGCGUGCCCGGUGUCCCAGCGGUCGGACCGACCCCCGUCGCCUGGCUGCCCUCCACUGCCUGCUGGUUUUCCUGGGAGACGACCCGAAGCUGGAGCUGAAGGUUGUCGAAUGGCUGUGUGACGACAUGAACACCUUUGAAUCCUUCGAUCAGAUCCAAGAGUUCAUUUUAGCGUCUUUGUUUAGAAUCUGCUAUAAGAAGUCUCUUGGCCUGGAUAAAGUCCUACCUUAUUCCUGUUUGUUUGAAAAAAAGGAAGUCCCAGCCUGCCUGUUGGAGCUCCCUGGUGUUUUGUGUACCACAGAGCUGCACAUUGUGCCUGAUUUUAAGGGAAAGGCCGCGCGGCUCCAAGGUUUCUGGGCAGAGCUGCAGUGGAACACAGAGAGGACGAAAUGUUUGAACGCCGCUUCCAACCCAAGAUACAGAACCUCACACAUCCGGGCCGACUGGGAUAAAUUGCGGUCCGAGAGCAAAGCCUCCAGCCAUGUGAAUCACUUGGAGAACACAAAGAAGGUUCUUUCAGUGGUUGACACCUGGUGCCUCGAUAAAAAGCUGGUGCCACUUUUUCAAGAAGAGGACCAUCAACAAAGGGCGUUCAUCGGCCUGACAGUCGACAAACUUCGAGAACAUCUCAACAGAUAUCUGCCUCAACUGGGGAAGAAGAAGAUCGACUCGCUGGUGGUCAACUAUGUAGCCAAGCUGCUGGAGCUCAUCAGACACAUGCUGGAAUCAGCCUGGCUGAAGUACAAACUUGGGCCUCAUGUGUUGUGCUUGGCGACGAAGGGCGGCCCGGCCGAGUGGGCCGUAUUUCACUUCAUGCUUCGGAUCCUGGAGUGCACCCAGAGCCUCUGCCUGCCUCUCCCACCUGGCUAUCACACCCUGUUUGCUGUGUUUGCUGUUCGUUGCCUACCUCAUCAAACCUUUCUACAGUACAUUGACCACGGUUUCCUGCAGCUCACUGAAACCUUUGUGUCUCGUCUCAUGACAGAUUUGGACAACAGUGAAGCCAACGAGCGACUGAAGUUCGGCGUACUUAAGAGACUUCCCAAGCCUAUGGAGCAAAGGAUCUACCAUAUGUGGGAUCAUCCUGUCAGCUCAGCCUCAAUCUCCAGAGAUUAUGUCAAGACGCUGCUGGAGAAACACAGCAAGAAUAAGGGAUUUGUAUUUGCUGGGCGAGAGAAACCCAGCUUCAGACCCGAGUUUCUUCCUCUAACCUAUCUGGCAAAAAUGCUCUCUGAUAUCGAGUCACAAGCUCUGAACCCUUUCGAGGAGAAGGAAAACGUGGAUGCCAGGUUUGUGGAGGAGUCGGCUCUGAUGCAGACGCUGAUCCAGCUGGGCUUUGAGGAAAAAUGAAGCG